GUAUUAGAAGUAGGUAUAAAUAAGUUUCGGCAGAAAAUGGGGUUAGUUAUUGUUCGAAAAGACAAAUCAACAGUCAAAAUGUAUUUGGUCAUCGCCUUGUCUGCAAUCAUAGGUAUUUCAUUUGCUCAACAACAUCAAGGUGAACCAAUUCCUAUUGUCAGAUACGAAAAUGAAGGUGUGAACGCGGACGGAUCCUACAGUUGGAGUUUUGAAAGUGGCAACGGCAUCCAAGCCCAAGAACAAGGCCAACUCAAAAACCAAGGAACAGAAAAUGAAGGUCCAGAUGUCCAAGGUUCAGUCCAAUAUACAUCCGAUGAUGGAACUCCAAUAUCCCUGACAUACAUAGCCAACGAAAACGGCUUCCAACCGCAAGGAGACCAUCUUCCUACUCCUCCGCCAAUUCCAGAAGCUAUCCAGAAAGCCCUUGAAUGGAAUGCUGCUCAUCCAGAAGAAGAUAAUGAAAUCGGUAGGGCGCAGAGACAAAUACCCGUGCAACAACCUAUCUAUAAUAAUCAACAGCAGCUGUAUGGCAACAAAAACAAUUAUCAAACAUUCCAAAGGAAAUUCUGAGGAAGAAGUGUUUAUUGACUGAGAGAGAG